AUGUGCGGAACAAAUUACGAAGCGUUGAGACGUACUUCAGGAUUGUUUGACUACCGCUUUUACCCCAUUGAUGAACCCCGUGUAUUUCAAAUAAUUGGUAUAAUGUUCUCCGUCCUGACAAUUAUAUCUGCUAUUGUGAAUGUUCUUGCGGGUGUUUCGACCACAGGGCAAACUCGGCAGAAAAUAUACGCUCAUCGGAAGUCGCAAAUCAACGGACGUCAUUACUCGAACUGUCUGCUGGUCACCACCUACCUUGUUACCUUUGCGUGGUCGCUGCUGUUCGUCGCAUUCGCCGCCCCGGUGACGCUUUGGGUCAUGUUGCACACGGUAUGUCGCGAGGAAACUGAAUACUGGCGUGGUAUCAGUGCUGACAAAGAUGAGACGGAAUCCACGUACACAUUCAACCUGACGCAUUAUGGCUUGUAUCGCCGGCCAUUGGACACAAGUGUAUAUAGUGAAACCGCCAACUCACCUAGCGCCGUUACUCAGUUAUGCCAAGAAUUUUUGGUUGCCUGUUCAACAGUCUCCCCUACAAGAUUACCAGUUGACAAAAUUGACGCUUCUACCGGCAUUAAUAGCGAAAACGUUAACACCUCAGCCGCAUUCAGAGCUGAAUUUGAUUUGUGCACUUACUCAUCAAUAACUUUGCUUAUCAUGAAUUACCAGCGAUAG